AUGUCUUUGGCUCGAGCCACACUCGUCAUUGUCCAAGCCCUCACGAACCAUUGGGCGUGUACUCCUCCGAAUCCCACACAGCAAAAGAGUCGUUACCACACCGAAGAAUUGUACCUUUUACAGAUUGCUCCGUUGGUUUUCAAGUUACAUAUGAUUAUCAUAUGGAUAUGUGCUUUCUUCGAAGUCAUAUACUACCUCAGCACUUUGUCAAUAUUUGGUACGACGACAAUUCUAUCCUCAGUAUCACCUUUCGCCUCGCCCCUCUUGAAGACACUUGCAUGUCCUGCGACAUCAACACCACGCAUUGGCAUCUCGCCCUUUUUUGUUAUUGGAAUCGUGGCCGUCGUUCUGGGGUCUUAUAUCCGCUUAGACUGUUUUAAAACACUCGGGAAGUUGUUCACGUUUGAUCUCACUGUUCAUCCCGAACACCGUCUCGUUACGUCCUCGUUUUACGCAUACGUGCGACACCCAGCUUACACAGGGAGCAUGCUCCUCGUCGCUGGUAUAGCUUUUUCCCACCUCACCGAGGGGAGCUGGCUGACCGAGUGCGGGCCUCUGAAGAGCAACGGGAGUGCUUUGGUCGUCUGGGCUGCCUGGUGGGUGUGGACAUUGGCUGUGGGCGUAAGUAGGGCAGAAGCAGAGGAUAAGCAAAUGCAAAAAAUGUUUCCUGGGGAGUGGGAGAGGUAUGCGGAGAACGUGGCUUGGUGGUUUUUCCCUGGGUUGGCUUAG